GAUACAUAUUUUAUCAUUCUCUUACCUUUUCUCCUACAGAUGUUUUAAUUGGCAGCAAUAUAAAAGGAGACUCAUCGUCGAUCGUCGGCACUCAUUCGUGAAUAGUAAAACAAUUUAAUCGCUCAGUGCCACAAAAAACAGCUUUAACAAUUGAAACAAAAAUGGACAUUACGACUAAGCAAGGUGAAUUUCCCCUGGUAAAACUCUCUACAAAGUUGUUAAGAAACAUUCGUUUUUGGAACGAUUCUCCGGGACAAAGGAUUCCUUCCUUCGGAUUGCUGGUUACUGCCACAUAUCCAAUAAUAUGGCUUAUCCCUAGCUGGUUGUUUCUUGUCAGCUCGCAGGAUAAUGUCACACAUUUCAUGAAGGCAGCUAACGAACAGAUAGUGUUCUCCCUUAUCUUCUGCAAAUUGUGCUUCUACGCAAUUCAUUUUCGUCGUUGGGAGAAGCUGUUUUACAAUCUGCAACGUUCGUUCAGCAGCGUUCUGAACAAUCCAAGUCUCGAGAUUCAAACCAUUUUGGGACACGUAACGAAAUCGACCCAUAAGCUCACUAAAUACUACUGUUCUACAGUAAGCUUCAACUGUGCUGCGUACGGCUUAUUUCCAAUGUUGUUCGUAGUGGUUAAAUAUGCCGUGACGGGUUCGUACGACGUACCGCUUUCAACACCGAUCGAGGCAAACUAUUUUAUCCCCGGCCUGCGUACAAACUUUUGGGUUUGGUUGCCAGUGAAUUUAACACUAAGCGCGAUGCUGGAGUUGCAUGGCUUUGCUUUGUUUUUCGUUGAAACCUUCACAUGGAAUCUUGUGUAUGCCACAUCCUGUAUGUUUCGAAUUCUGCAAAUCCUGGCCAACGAGCUUUCGCAUCAAAGUCGAAAUGAAAAGGAAUGGAACAUCAAACUUAAAACAUUCAUAGCUCUGCAUGAUUCUGUGCUAAGAUCGGCUGAAAUAUUGGAGGAAAUAUUGAGUUUACAGAUGUUAUUGCUUUACAUAUCCACCAUUUUGGCUCUGUGUCUGGGUAUGGUCGUGCUGUCUUUGGCUGUCAAUGAGGUGUAUGUGCUGUUGACUACCAUGGCCGUAUUCGGUUACUGUACGUUUCAAACCUUUUCCUUCUCUUAUCUCGGCACUGAGCUCAUUGAGCAAAGCGAAGCAGUAGCGGAUGCAAUUUUCCACAGCAAAUGGUACACGCAGAAGCUGAACAGACAGAAAGACAUGUGUUUCUUGAUGAUGCGAGCAAAUAAGCCGGUGAAAUUAACUGCCGCCAAGUUGUUCGUUGUAACACGUGACUCCUUCACCCAGGUGAUAAAACAGGCGUACACAAUCUUUACAUUGAUGUCACAGUUUUUGGACAACCCUGUGAAUUAAAAUAAAUUUAUUGUAGAAAAUUAUACAAUUGUGUAACCAAUCAAUUAUAAUUGACAGUGCUCUAAUAAA